GCAGUAAGUACAAAACUCGGAGUAGUAAGUAGUUUUGGACUAUUUUAGUCCUCAUAAAUAUUCAUCAGAUUGUAUCAGAUGUGGUGGAAUGGAACCACACUGGCCAUUGGUUUUGGAGAAAGGAAACGAAGUAGUUAGGUAUUUGUAUUGGUGAGCGUUAACCAUUAAUCCACAGGAGCAGUACAAGAACGCAAGUUUUCCAUUCGAUUUAAAAUCCUUUCACACCUCCAAGAGAGACGACGCACAAUAUGUGGACGAGUCGACUGAUGGCUGACGGACGAGCUGCUCCACUGCUGAACACUGCUGUCAGGCUGCUGCUGCUGCUGGUGCUGCAGACGGUAGCACCCUGCUCUGGGUCAAAUGUUAAAAUUGGUGUCCCCGAGAACUAUGACGGUAUCUUCCCCUGGUAUCUUGCCAAGCUCCACAGUCUGCCCGCUAAUUACAGCGACCUGGUGGUAACUGGUGAUGACGAGGGCAUCUUCGGAGUGGACAGCCACUUCCUGUACGCUCUCAAACCUCUGGACAGAGAGAAACAGCCUUCCUACUCCCUGCAGGUGUCCUUCAGAACAUCCAUGCAGCGACAGAGCUUCACCGUUGAAGUGUGCGUCAACGACAAGAACGACAACGUUCCAACGUUCAUUGAAGAAAGCAUGAGAGGCAGCGUUCAGCUCGGCCUUCUCAAAAGAAUCCCGUUCAUGCAGGUAGAGGCCGUGGAUCGUGACGAUCGUAACACGCCCCACGCCGACCUCAGAUUCAGUCUAAUGGAGCAGACGCCCAGGAUCCCCUCCAGUCAAAUGUUCUUCAUUGACUCCAUCACUGGGGAGGUUUCGCUCACUGAUGAAGGAGCUUCUACCCUGGAUCCAGACAUGUGCGGCCGUUAUAAGCUUUCAGUGAUGGUGAGGGACAUGGCUGGGAAAGCCAAUGCCUUCUUCUCCAGUGGCAUUGUUACUGUGGAAGUGACAGGAAACGCUUGGGCAUCCCCUGAUCCUGUGAGACUACAGGAAAACCUCCCUGGUCCUUACCCUAUCCCAAUCUCCCAGGUGAAGUGGAGUGGUAGUCAGGCGGUGUACAGUCUGGAGGGAGAAUUUCCAGAGAUGCUCUUCACCAUCAGCAGAGAAGGAGUCAUUUAUCUCAACGCUCCUCUGGACAGAGAGACUCAGGACCAGUUCCAGAUCAGCAUCGUGGUUGAGCGCCCAGAUGGCAGAGAGAUCGCCAAGCCUGUGGAACUAAGGGUGAUGGUGGGCGACACCAAUGAUAACAGACCCACCUUUCCACAAGCACAAUAUCACACUGUGGUGAAGGAACUGUCAGCCCGGGGUACAGAAAUCCUGACAGUGCAGGCAGCAGAUAACGACGACCCCAAGACAGACAACGUUCGGAUCUUUUACCGCUUGGUUGGGCAGAUUCCUGAGAGCCCUCGCGCCCUGUUCAGAGUGGAUCGUGACUCAGGGGUCAUCUCCGUGCAGGCCGACAGUAUGGAAGGCACAGCACCACAGUACACGCUCACCAUCACUGCAGAAGACGCCAAAGGUUUAAACAGUUCCUGCACAGUGGUGGUGACGGUGCAGGAUGAGAACAACAACCCACCAGUCUUCUCCCAACAUGAGUACGGACCAUUUCACAUCCCAGAGGAUGCUGCUGUGGGAACCACUGUAACAGCUGUGCUGGCAGGAGAUGCAGAUGUUCGAGGAGGAGACAGCUGGCAGGUCAACUACCGCCUAGAGUCUGGAAAUGAGGAGGACGUCUUUACAUUGGUGACAGACAGGCAGACCAAUGAGGUCUCACUUGUUCUUUCUAAGGUUUUGGACUUUGAACGUGAAAGCGAAUACAUCCUGGUACUCAGCGCUCAAAAUCCCGUCGCUCUGGUACGUGGUCGAUAUGGACCUGCAUCCACAGCCACCGUCUCUAUUUAUGUGGAUGACGUAAAUGAAGGUCCAGUCCUGUCUCAGAGCCAUUAUGAGGUGACGGUGAGAGAGGGUGAAGAACCCGGAAGGGUAAUUGCCACAAUUCGAGGCUACGACCCAGACUCUCACCCUAUCAGAUAUUCUCUACAAGGGGAUACAAAGAAAUACUUUUCCAUUGGAAAAUAUUCUGGAGAACUGAAGACCGUGCAGGCCUUGGACAGAGAAGAGAACAGCACGUACACUAUGGAAGUCAUUGCAGUAGAUGGUCGAAACUCAUCCUUGUCUGCAUCUACUCUGGUGACUGUUCAAAUCCUGGACGUGAACGACAACAGCCCAGUGUUGGUUGGAGACUACUCCUGGAAGUAUCUGUGCACACCUCGCUGGGAGGACCAGGCUCUAGUGCUGGCCUCACGAGACAGUGAUGGGCCACAGCACGGAGGGAGGCUGAACUUCUCGCUGCGCAGCGACGCCACAGUUCGACGGAACUGGAAGCUCACGCCCAUAAACGAUACUCACACCAACCUGUCCCUAAACAUCCCAUACCUGGCUCCUGAAGUCUACACUGUGCCCUUCACCAUAUCCGACAGCAGCUCCCCUCCUAGGAGCACCUUCAUCAACCUGCCGGUAACAGUGUGUCCCUGCAACAUCAGGGGCAACUGCAAGGUGGCUGCCAAGCAGUUACAGGGAAUGCCAACAAUUCAGUCUGCAGUGGGUAUUUUACUCGGCACCUUUGCUGUCAUAGGAACUAUCCUCGUUGUUGUCUUUAUGCGCCUGUCCUAUCAGAAUCCACAAAAAGAGAGCACGACUCACCAGGAGAGAGUUCCACUCAAAAUUUCAGUCUAAAGAAAAUGUUUUGUUUGUUCUGGCCAGGCAAAUGGAAAAACAGCACCAGCAUGGACUUAGGGCAGUAAAACAUCUGUAUAUUUGUUAAGAAAAAAAAAAGUGUCUUUUAGUUUCAGUAAAUGCUAUGAAAACUGGGAUAAGUCAAAAUAGUGUUUUUCUAGUGAUAGUUUGAUUUUAGUUUUUUAAAAUAUUGAUACAAACAGAUAGAGGCUACAGUGUGUACUGCAAUGUCAUAUGUAGAGCCUAAUUUACACAGCUUUUCAUUCAUCAUUGUUGCAUUUCUGAUCAUCACUGCAGCAAUAAUUUCUUAAUUACCAUAAACAAUAUAAUGUAAUUAAGAUUUCACUGUGCAUUUCAGAAUAGACGCAGAAUAACUGUAAAUGCUGGGAUCGGUAUAUUGUAUGCAACAUUUAAAUAAAAAAUAAUGUUUCAAAGUCAAA